CACAUUUUGUCUGCUGAGUGCUGUGUCCUGCCCUGUAGGUGAGCAAGCAAAGAGCGACAACAUAGGCUUAGUGGUGGAACUGAUAUUAGAAAAGUGCAUCUCGCUGGAGGAACUGAAGGUGGCCAACCAACCUUCCAUGGAGCCAAGCCAAAACUCGGCUGGUGAAUGGCAUCAACUCUUGUUCUGGACGAGUGGAGGUCCUCUAUAAUGGUCAGUGGGGAACAGUGUGUGAUAAUGACUGGGAUCUAUCAGAUGCUGCAGUGGUGUGUAGAGAGAUGGGCUGUGGAGAAGUUAUAGAGGCAAAGACUGGAUCUUAUUUUGGAGGUUCAUCUACAGCAUGGAUGGAUUAUGUAAACUGUGUUGGAAAUGAAUCAACACUGAGCACCUGUCGGUCUCAUUCUCCAGUGACAGGCUGUAGCCAGUCAAAUCUUGCUGGAGUCUUCUGUCACUCUCACAUUAGACUGGUUAAUGGCAUCAACUCUUGUUCUGGACGAGUGGAGGUUCUUCAUGAUGGUCAGUGGGGAACAGUGUGUGAUGAUGGCUGGGAUCUAUCAGAUGCUGCAGUGGUGUGUAAAGAGAUGGGCUGUGGAGAUGUUAUAGAGGCAAAGAGUGGAGAUUAUUAUAGAGUGGGCUCAGGGUUAGUAUGGAUGAAUGAUGUAAAGUGUGAUGGGAGUGAGUCUACACUAAUGAGCUGUACUUCAGCUGGGUGGAUUAAACACUCCUGCACUCAUAACCAGGAUGUUGGAGUCAGCUGCAGAAUGAUAAAAGUAGUUAAUGGCCCCAGUAGAUGUUCUGGAACAGUGCAGAUUCUUCAUGAUGGUCAGUGGGGAACAGUGUGUCAUGAUAACUGGGACAAAACUGAUGCAUCUGUGGUUUGUAGAGAGCUGGGAUGUAGCAGUCACGUGGAGGCAAAGCUAAAUGCUUAUUUUGGGCCGGGUGAGGGACAGACAUGGAUGAAUAAAGUUCAGUGCACUGGGAAAGAGAGCUCACUUACAAGCUGUAUGUUCGGUGGAUGGGGACAUUACCCCUGUGGCCAUGAACGUGAUGCUGGAAUCACAUGCGAAGAAGUGAGUGUUAAAUUGCAGUUUAGGAUUGAGGUGAAGCCUAACCCUGGAGUUGACCCAAAUAGUGCUGAUGGGAAGAUCAUUUUGGAAAAGAUAAAGAAGAAACUACAAGCAGAUGGAAAUUUUACCUUCAGCUGGAAAACUCAGCCCGAUGGAAAAAUCUUCCGCAUAAAAGAGAAAAUUGCACCUUGACAAGUUGUUUCUGAAUACAGGAGAGUAACCAUAGCAAUUCCAUCAUUUGGGAUCCACAUAAAAAGAUUAAAAGUUUUCUAUAUAUUUUUAAUAAUUAUCUAUCCAGUGGGAUUGUUUCAGUUAAAUAAAUGUUAAAUAGAUGUUACAUAUUUUAAACGUGGUAAGCCUAUAGCACAGCCAUAGGUAAAUGUCAUGUCAAUUUUACAUAUCCUUUGUGCAGUCACACCCCUCUGUAGUCACACUCAUAGAUUUAAAGAACAUGUUUUAAUUUAGCUGUAAACUAACCCUUAGAUUAAGUUGUAAUUGUUUUCAUUACUGCUUCUUAUGAAUUUUAAUUUUAU